AUGAUACAGCGCUACGCUGCACAAGAUCCAAUGGAUGAAAUCCGAAAAGCAUUUGAGCUCUUUGAUGAAGAUAGGCGUGGGAGGAUAUCGUUCAGGAACUUGAAGCGCAUCGCCCGGGAGCUGGGAGAGAAGUUGACCGACGAGGAACUUCGGGGCAUGAUCGAUGAGUUUGACUUGGAUCAAGACGGGGACAUCAAUGAAGAGGAGUUCAUCAGCAUAAUGAAGCAGACAUCCCUGUACUAG